CAAACUGACGGGAGAUUCCAAAGCCAUCGUCCCCUUUUUCCCCCAUUUUCUCUCUUUUUCUCGCCCAUUUUCUCUCGUUUUCUUGGUCCCCUUUUCCUGAUCUAUAAAUCUACCCUCCCCACACCCUCAAAAACCUCUUCCCCUUUUGCCUCUCCCCCCACCCCCAACCCCCUUAGAUCCAAGCCUCCGUUCCUUCUUUUUCUCGUUACUCUGCUGGUAUUUUCUCGGCCAGAUUAACUUCCCCCCCCCCCCCCCUCUUUCUCUUCAAAAAUCAAAUCUUCAUGCUGGGUAUCUUGAUCUUAAUGUUUGAGAUUAAUGUCUCCGGUUCUAAGUGAAAUCCUCCGUUCUGGGUUUAUGAUAAAUUCUUCUCUCCGGCGCCGGACCCAUCUCGUUCAAUCUUUCUCCGUUGUCUUCCUCUACUGGUUCUACGUUUUUUCAUGAACAAACUCUCAUCCUCUCCCUAAUCUUAGUAUCUAUAGAUAUAUAUAUAUAUAUACACAGAGGAUUUGUAUUCAUAUUCGUAAUCAUAAAUAUAUAUAUAUAUAUAUAUAAAUUUAGAUCUAGUUGUCUCUGUAUUUAGUUAGUAUCCCAUGGCUUUUUCUAGUGGAAAUUCUUCGGGGCUUCAGAACUCAGGCUCCGAAGAGGAUUUGCAGCUUUUGAUGGAUCAGAGGAAGAGGAAGAGAAUGCAGUCGAACCGAGAGUCGGCGAGGAGAUCCAGGAUGAGGAAGCAGAAGCACCUGGACGAGCUGACGGCGCAGGUCGGUCAGCUGCAGAGCGAGAACAGCCGGAUCCUCACCAGCAUCACCAUCACCACUCAACACUUCAUCAAUGUCGAAGCCGAGAACUCCGUGCUCAGGGCUCAGGUAGCCGAGCUCAGCCAGCGCCUGCAGUCGCUUAACGAUAUCUUGGAGUACAUGAACUCCGCCAACGGUAAUGGAGUUUUCGGCGCCGCCGAUCUCCAUCUCCAGGGCUUUCCCGACACGAACAAUUCGUGGAAUCUCAUGUAUCUGAACCAACCCAUCAUGGCUUCUGCGGAUAUGUUUCAGUACUGAUCUUCCGCAAAUUUUGCUAUUUCUGGGUGAUUUGGCGGUGUCUCUUUCAUGGUUUUCACUGAUCUUCUUCUUCUUCUUCCUCUUCUUCUUCACCACCGAAGAGGAGGAGGCUAUUUUGGGUGUGUGUCUGCCAUGGUUAAUGUAUGAUUAAGCUGGUUUUAUUAGGGGGAUUAAUUAGUGUUAAUUAAAUGGGUUUUAUUUAGCUGUAAAUGUGUAUCCGUUGGUAUGGAAUGAAUUAAUGGCUCUAAAUCUAAUUAAGCCAGCUAUUUGUAUUUUGUUUAAAUCAUUAAUUCUCUUUCUGUCUCUUGUUCC